AUGACCGUUACCAUCAAAGAACUGACUAACCACAACUACAUUGACCAUGAACUAUCAGCCACCUUAGACUCGACGGAUGCGUUCGAGGGGCCUGAGAAGUUGCUGGAAAUCUGGUUCUUUCCUCACAAGAAGUCCAUCACCACUGAAAAGACGUUGAGAAAUAUUGCCAUGGACAGAUGGAUCGAGAUUUUGAAACUAGUCAAGUGCGAAGUUCUUUCUAUGAAGAAGACCAAAGAACUGGACGCCUUUUUGUUGAGUGAGUCCUCGCUCUUCGUCUUCGAUCAUAAAUUGACGAUGAAGACGUGUGGUACUACGACCACAUUGUUCUGUCUCGAAAAGCUUUUCCAGAUCGUUGAGCAAGAGUUGUCGUGGGUUUUCCAGAGAACGCAAGGGGGUAAGUACAAACCGUUCAAAGUGUUCUAUUCUAGACGAUGUUUCCUUUUCCCCUGCAAACAAGCUGCUAUCCAUCAAAACUGGGCUGACGAAGUCGACUAUUUGAACAAAUUUUUCGACAAUGGUAAAAGCUAUUCCGUGGGAAGAAAUGACAAGAGCAACCAUUGGAACCUGUACGUCACUGAGACGGAUCGCCCCACACCUCAGGGGAAGGAGUACAUCGAGGACGACGACGAAACUUUCGAAGUACUAAUGACGGAGCUGGACCCUGAGUGUGCUAGUAAGUUUGUUUGCGGCCCUGAAGCAUCUACAACUGCCCCGGUAGAGCCGAACGAAGACAAAGGCCACAACCUUGGCUACCAAAUGACCAAAAACACAAGGCUUGACGAAAUAUACGUGAACUCAGCUCAAGACUCAAAUUUAUCAUUUCACCACGAUGCAUUUGCAUUCACGCCAUGCGGAUACUCAUCCAAUAUGAUUCUCGAUGAAAAAUAUUAUUACACCCUGCACGUGACUCCAGAAAAGGGUUGGUCCUACGCCUCUUUCGAAAGUAACAUACCCGUUUUUGACAUUUCUCAAGGGAAGCAAGAUAACUUGGACGUUCUUCUACAUAUCCUGAACGUUUUUCAACCAAGAGAGUUCUCGAUGACCUUCUUCACCAAAAACUAUAAGAACCAAUCCUUCCAAAAACUAUUAAGCAUCAACGAGUCACUGCCCGAAUAUACCAAGUUAGACAAAAUUGUUUAUGAUUUGGAUGACUACCAUCUUUUCUAUAUCAAAUUACAGAAGAAAAUAUGA